CUCUAUUUUCGAUAGAAAUCAUUUUGGUCAGGUCAGGUCUGGUAUUUUCGGCAUUUGCCACCAGUGCGGCCGCACUGAAUCGUAAAAAAGUAAAAAGAGAAGCAACAGCGUGUGGUGUAAAUAAUAUUGAAGACUUAUGCUGCCGCCAAGCAAAAGUGUCUAAGUAGUGGUAGGGUUCGCAAAGUGUGCCAAGCAAUCCAACCCAGAAUCCCAGAACCAUUUCCAAUGACAAAUGUAACAACCGAAACCCACCAGCCGCCCUGAGGAAGCAGAAGAAAGUUUGCCGACCCACCACCACCACCCCCCGAUUUUGUAUAAUUUCGUUUUCGUUUACUUGUUAACCCUCCGCUCGAGAACGUGGUUUCUUUUGCGACGUGCAAUACUCUGUGGCAGAAGUCUUGCAUCGUUCCAAAAGAGAGCAGCACGUGGAGCGACGAGCACGGCCGUAAAAUACCCAAGUCCGUGGCCACCAAGCUGCAGCGUCUCAAGGCCAAGGCGUCUGCGAGCCAGCACUACGGCGGCAACUAUCGCAAGCCCUCGUCCGCAGCGUCAGCGUCCGUCGGCAGCCACAGCGAGUGCAGCGACAGGAGCGUAUCUGCUGCGCUCCACGGCGGGUAUAGCCAUCAACGCGGUGGCGCCGCCGAGGAGCCCCACUUUGCUCUGGCGGAUGUGGCCGAGAAGUCAUAUCAAAGCAACAGCAGCAGCAGCAACCACAACAACAAUUAUCAAAAGUCAAACCACACCAGUGCCAAUUACAACCACGCCAACUACAUCAACCACCCACAAAGCGUCACCACCAACCUGCCUUAUCAGCCCAACAGCAAUACCAGCCCGAUGAUAAUGACCAAACAGAAGAAUUCGCUGGCCGAGCGCCUCAACAUCGGCGAGGAGGUGCGGGAACUGAAGCUGGGCGCAACCUUCAAUCCGAAGAACACCUCGACCGCCUUUCACACUAUCAAAUAUGACUUCAAGCCAGCGAGCGUGGACACCAGCCGCAUGGCAUCUGUGGACGUCGGCUCCAACAAUCAAGUUACUGUUACCGUGCCAAAUUCAGAAAGUUCCGGAGUGCCUCAUACAGUUUAUAAGGGUAAUCAGAGAGAAUAUGCAAAGGAGUGUUUGAUGAUCUACGACAAGGAGACGGGCGCCAUCACAAUAGAAAAGCUAAAUCACAAUAUUCAAGUAAAGAAGACCAGAAGCGAAGUCACCAGCAAGUCAGUUCAGCUGCCCGGUCAGCAUGCUUCCGUGAAUAUGGGCCAGGGUCAGCUCCACAGUCAGGGUGCGAACGGAGCGGGAACGGGACAGGGACCAAUAUCAGCACCUGGGCAUGGCUCCGGAACAGCACCCAAAAUGGAGAACAGCACAAUGCGAAUCUCAACCAAGACGAAGGUUUCUACCGGCAGCCGCAGAAAUAACAUUAUUGACUUCAAGCCGCGCAAUUCGCCAAUGCAACAGAGCUCACCAUCGCGUCCAGUGCCAGUCCACCGCAGCCCCCAAUCUGCGCCGGCUUGGGACGCAAACAAUGCACAGCAGACGUUGCCCAGCAUUCCCUUGAUCACCGAUGACGAUGACUUUGGGUUGAGGGCGGCCCUACACAACAGCGGCCAUGCGAACACAUCAGGCUCAUCAACUGGCUCCGCAACAGGUCAAACGGAUUUUGGAUCUAUUUCCUCGUCCUCUCACAUUGGCAAGCAGCGGCAGGCUCCCCCGCACGGCCACGGAAAGCGCCAGCAGAUGCACCAGCGCCAAAGCCCACCAAUGGCUCAGCAGCAACAGCCAUCGAACUAUGGGCGUGGUUACAAUGGCGGUCAAAGCCACGCACAACAACAGCGGCAACGGAACUCGCCGCAGCAGCAGCGUCCUCCUGCUUAUGGCCACGGCAAUAGCAUGACCAUGGACUUAGACUCGACCAGGGAGCAAGAACUGACCUCGCAGUCCGUGGCGCAAGCGGCUGCCGCUUUGGAACAGCAAAUUGGGGGUGCACUGAGUGCAUCGAGCUCCAGUUCGGAGUCGGAUUCCAGCGACAGUGACAGUGGCAGCGAUUCGGAUGACAGCACUGAAGAUGAUCGUCCCAUGGAGGGCCAGCAGCCGGUGUAUCAGAAUCAAAACCACCAGCAACAGCAAAUGGCGCAGCAGCAUCUUAAUCAGCUGCCCAACCUGGGCCUUGGCUCCAUAUCACCAGCAUAUGGAAGCAAUCAUCAACAGCAGCAGCAGCAGAUGGUGCCCCAUCAACAGCAGCAGAAGCAACAGUCCGGCAUUUAUGCGUCCAAUGGUGGCUUUCCAAACGAUUUGCUACAAAAUGAUCUGCAGUUGUCGUCAAAUUCGUCCGACGAUGACGACUAGUAGCUAUUUAAAGUUUGAUCUUAUUUGCCUUCUUUUGACUAAACCAACGACAACAAGAGCAACAACAAUUAUUGAUAUUCUGUCUAUAUGCGUGUAAUUUGUAAUUAUUGAGAGGUGAUUUUACUUGCUAGUGAAAUUUUUUUAAAUAAAUUCUUAGUUCUAUACCACGAUAUCCACAAAAAUAUAUUAAUUAAUUUUAAAUAUUAAUUUUAGACCUUCCAAAUGUGCUGGUAAACAUUGAACUAAAUCGAAAAAAGAUUAAUCAAACAUUGAACUAAAACGAAAAAAGAUUAAUCAAAAUCAUAAGUAUAAACAUCAAUAAAAGUCUAUAUUUGUCAGUACAUAUUCGUUUUUAGUACAAGCAAGUGAUUAUGUAAAACUUGUUGGCACACUAAUAGAUCACACGCAAAUAAAACCAACAAUUAUGCUAUAAAAAAUAACCAAGAGAUAACAGACGAUGUAGAGGAUGCAACUGAGGAAAUUAUUUAGUUUGUAAUAAAAAUACUGCAAAUCAAGAAAAAUAAUUUUAAGUUUUCCAGAAAAUUGUGACCACUUUGAUUUUUUGCCAUUAACCACGCAUUUUAAUUUAAGCCUAAAAUUCUUAUUAAUAUAUUCAGAUACCAAAAGCGCAAAGAAACAUAUUUCAAAUGAUAUUUUCAAGUGUUAUUUUGUUUCCCUUUACUUCGCUAAUUUUUGUAGUCAAGCUUACAUUUAUCGUUGGCGCUUUAGUUAUUUUAAUGAAAAAGUAAAAGCUAUUUAACUUCGUUUUUGAUUAAUUUGUUAGUUAUAUUUAUCACGAAUGUAUUUUUCAGCCUCUUCUCUUUAUUAGUCACAUAAUUGUGCGGUAUAGACAUUUGUGUUUUUAGCUCAUGUUUAUUUUAAUAUAUUUGUAUUUUUUUAAUUAAUUUUUAAUAUAUAUUAUUACGAUUUUGUUAUGAGCUUGCAAUAGUUAAAAGCAACGAAGGAAAAUAAAUGUGAAACGAAAUACCCGGCCUGGUGAAAGUCCUUUUUAUUUGUAUUUCCCCCAGAAUGUCAAAAUAAUUUGUUACACUGGUGAGCAGAAAUUCUCUACUCACUGAAAAAAAACUCCUUCCAUAUGUGAGCGUGCACGAGGUCCAGAUACACACUUAUACUUACUGAGAUAAACACUAUUUAAUUUGCCAAGCCAACAAUGAAUUGUAUUUAUGAAGUACCAUCCACGAGAGAAACGACCAAUAACUGAGAAAAAGCGAAAUGAUGAUAAUACAAAUUAAUUUUUGUACAUGCAAAUGCGCCUAGGAUUAAAUGGUUUUUGCUCUAGAAGGAGUAAUUGGGACAUUCAAUACCAACUCCAACAACAAAUUAUGAACAAAUCAUCAUCAACUAAACGACAAAAAGAUAAUGCAGCUAAUCAUAAGCACAAUAUACACAAGCAAAGAAUCUAGAUCUAAUUAUGUAACUAAUUCUGUAUAGAGUCCGAGAAUGCCUAAGAUCACAAUGAAAUCCAGCAAGUAAAAUAGUCUUAUUGGUAAGCAAAUAUAUAUAUAUAUAUGUAUAUUAUAUACAAACAUGCAUGUACACGACUUUAUACACAAAACAUAUAAGAAGAUUACUUUUCGUUAAAUUAGUUAUAAUACCGACCAUUAAACAGUCAACAAUCAAUUACAAAUAUUAA